GAUAACAAUCUAACGGGCACAAUACCAUCCUCUUUGGGCAACCUUACUAAUCUAGUUGACGUAAGCCUUUCCAGCAACAGCUUCCAUGGAAAUAUUCCUGAGGAGUUGGGUCGUCUUACAAGCCUUAAAAGAUUGCAGAUUAAUUACUGUGGUGGCAUUACUGGUUCUAUACCGGUUUCCCUUUCUAAUAUGUCAUCGCUCCAAGUCAUGGACCUUGAGAACAACAGCCUUGAUGGACCGGUGCGUUUGCAAUUUGGGACUAUGCCUCUUCUUAAAUCCUUGUUGUUACCCGAUAACAGACUAACCGGAGGAUUGGACUUCCUCGCAUCACUGUCAAACUGCAGAGCUUUAGAAUUUGUGGAAGUUAUGACAAAUGAGCUGGAUGGCAUUCUACCAAAUACCAUAGGUAAUCUCUCGAGGAACCUAGCAUACUUUAAUAUUGAGGAAAAUCAUAUUAAGGGGAAAAUUCGUGCUGAGUUGGGUAACCUGUCUAGAUUGGUUCAGCUAUUCUUGGGAGAGAAUGAGCUAGUUGGAACGAUACCGUUGGAAAUCACAACUCUAGAAGGCCUGCAGAGGCUAACACUGACUAGUAACGGUAUAUACGGUUCCAUCCCAAAUGAACUCGGCCGAUUAAGAAACUUGGAAGAACUGUACCUUGACGAAAAUAGUCUUUCUGGAUCCAUACCUGACUCUAUUGGAAAUAUCACUGGGCUAGACCAAUUGUCGCUUGGUGCUAACAGAUUAUCUUCAACAAUCCCUGAAAGUGUUUGGGGUCUGACUCGUCUACUUUACUUAAAUCUGUCACAGAAUCUUCUCUCUGGAUUUCUACCUUCAGCAUUGUGGAAUAUUAAGGACUUGAACACAUUUGACGUGUCAAGAAAUCGGCUAUCGGGUAACCUUCCAAGCGCUUUAAAGUAUCUCGAAAUCAAUACGUUGUACCUAUCAAAUAACUCAUUUGAUGGCCACAUUCCUGAAUCAUUUGGGGAUCUUUUUAAUCUCGAGGGUUUGGACCUUUCUUGCAAUAACCUCUCAGGUUUCAUACCCGAGUCCUUGGUCAAUCUCCAACACCUCAACAUCCUAAACUUAUCUUUCAACAUGUUGGAAGGAAAGGUUCCAAAUGUUGGUGCC